AUGCCCGUUUGCCUCUUUGCAGUGUGUGGACUUCGUGGUCCGCUGUCGAAUCAUUUGAUACCCUGUCACAGGCUUUCCCAUCGUAUGGCCUCUAACAAAACUAGGUUGUCUCAAACCCCUGGCAACAGGAUUUUUUAUCUUUAUACCAAGAAGGUUGGGAAAGCACCUGCAUCUGCAUGCGGUGUGUGUCCAGGCAGACUUCAAGGGGUUUGUGCUGUGAGACCGAAAGUCCUUAUGAGACCGUCUAAGACAAAGAACCAUGUCAGUGGGUCUAUGGUGGGUGGUUCCAGGUGUGCCAAGUGUGUCCAUGACACGAUCAAGCGGGCUUUCCUAACUGAGGAGCAGAAAACUCUUGUGAAAGUGUUGAAGGCACAAGCACAGAGUCAGACAGCAAAAUAA